AGGAGAAGGAGACUCGGGGAAAAACGCAGACCUCAGACCAGCCCAUCUCGCCUCUCAGUCCCAGCUCCCUUAUCCCGGUGUCAGCGGAGAAAUCUGAUCCCAGGUCGGCGGACCGCGUCUCGCCCUCCACACUACGAGCCUGGGACUCAGACCAGAGGAAAUCGUGUACCGUCGGCAGCCAGGUCGGCACGCCAAGACUCAUCCACGGCAGAGCACGGCGAGGGAACGGACCAGGAGGCUGCGAAGGCGAAGGGAAGGCUUGCAGGACCCACGGAGGAGUUUAAUGCAGAAGCACAUCCAGCGGAGGGGGAGAGCAGAGAGGACUGAGUGGCGGCGCAUACGGAGUAGUAUUACGCUCAGCUAAUUUCCAACAUUUUCCAUUCUUGGCAGCGACAGUGAGCUCUCAGAGCCACAUUUAUAAGGAGAGCUAGCGGAAUGUAAUGCUAGCGAGCUAGCUAAUGGUAGCUAGCUAAUUAGCUCGCCAGGCACCCGAGAGUCGGACGUGUGAUCUUUAUUAAAAUAGGUCACUGUUUGGCGUCAUUUCACUUUUCACCCCCUCUCCGAUAAAGGCUGGGCUUUCUGUUGUUGUUUGGGCAAGAUUUUAAUAUGGUCAUUAUGGUCUGUGUGUGAUAACCAACGCCAAGUUAGACAAUAAACAGAGCGAGCUUUCCAUAUUGAUGAAAAUCUGUUCAAUAUCAUCCGUCCGAAGCUUUUAGUGAAUAUCAAGCUGUGGAGGAGAAAACAAAGGAAUAAACGGGGAAAGGAAAAAAAAGAGGAGCAGACUUUUUCAUCAGUGACUGUCCCCCGUCCAAUGUUAAUGUCGACCGACGUUGCAUCUAUAAUGCUGCCCGUUAAUCGGGGAAUAAUGGAGCGCGACAGGGACCUCGAGACGGCGGCCGGCGGAGCGCAUCCGAACGCGGCCGCCGGAGCCGCGGUUGUCCGGGGGAUGAAGCGCGGAGACCCGGAGCCCGACGCUCAGACCGCCGCUGCCCUGACUGACCCGACCGGGGCGGAAUGCAAGAGACCGAGGAUAGACGGCUCCGGUGAGAUCGGACAGAACAAUGAGCCUUUAAACCCCGGUUUCCAUGGAUACGCACCUCACAGUCAGGGCUCCCAGGACUCAACCGGCGGACAGGAGGGUUUAGUAGCCCCGCCCUUUACGACCUUCCCCCCACCUCCACCUCCUCAAAACGGCCUACCGGGGACGGAGUUUGGUCCGGGGGCCAUGUUUGCUGCCGCGGGCCAAAGUGCAGUGGAGGUCGGAGCGGGUGCUAACGGAGCCACGACUACAGCCAACAACAACAACGGAAAGACGGAGGAGACGUCCCAGGGCGAGGCGGGUGCGCAGUGUUCCGCAGGAGGCACGGGAGCGGGCGGCUCAACGGGAGACUCCGCGGAGGCCAAGGGGACCCCCAAGCGCCUCCACGUCUCCAACAUCCCCUUCCGCUUCCGGGACCCGGACCUCAGGCAGAUGUUUGGGCAAUUUGGGAAGAUUCUGGAUGUAGAGAUUAUUUUCAAUGAGAGAGGGUCAAAGGGUUUCGGCUUUGUGACAUUUGAAAACAGCGCCGACGCGGAGAAAGCCAGAGAAAAGCUCCACGGCACGCUGGUGGAGGGCCGUAAAAUUGAGGUGAAUAAUGCCACUGCCAGGGUGAUGACUAACAAGAAAAUCGUCAGCCCUUACCCUAAUGGAGAGGCUCUCAGCACGCUGCCCUAUGCAGGGUGGAAGCUAAGUCCCAUGGUGGGAGCGGUGUAUGGGCCCGAGAUCUACGCAGUCCCUGGGUUUCCCUACCCAACCGCAGCGGCGGCAGCGGCAGCCACGACGGCGGCGGCGUUCCGCGGCGCCCACCUCAGAGGCCGAGGCCGGCCCGUUUACAGCGCCGUCAGGGCGGCCGUGCCUCAGCCCGCCAUCCCUGCAUACCCUGGACUAGUGUUACAGGACUCAGUCCUUAGUCCCAGAUUGCCUCAGGGAGGCUAUCCUGCUGCUGCCGCGGCCGCCGCUGCCGCCGCGUAUCGCUACGCCCAGCCUGCUGCCGUAACCGGAGCAACAGCCGCAGCUGCCGCCUACAGUGACAGUUAUGGGCGGGUAUACACUACAGAUCCGUACCACGCUUUAACUCCAGCUGCUGCUGCCUACGGAGUGGGAGCCAUGGCUAGUUUAUACCGGGCAGGAUACAGUAGGUUUGCUCCUUACUAAAGCCACAAAAAACAAAAACCCAUCCAAGGAAUUCCACUUCUCUCCAAAACUCCCUCUGAAGCUCCGUGUUUUUGGCAGGAGCCUCCCCUCCAUUUUAUCUGCAGGCAGACUAUACUAGUGACAGCUCACUUCUUACCUUUUUUUUUUUUUUCUUGUUUUAUUUUUUCCUCUCUCUCUUUUUUUCUUUUUUUUUUUUUUUGUGUGUGUGGUCGUUGCCACAUCACCGAAACCAAAACUCUGCCUGUAAUUUUUUCUGUCGCCGACAUGAAACCAGUGGGGGUUAACAAAGACGGGAAAAAAACAAAAUAAAACAAAAAACCUGCCAUGAUGAGCGUCUCCCGCGUACGAAGCUGCCUGCUGCUGGUUUGAACUUCAGAGCAUUUGGGAUUAUUUCAAAACACAACUAUGGGACCCAGGCGGAGAGGGACCUCUGAAACACUACAAAUCUUUUUUUUUUUCCUUUAUUUUCCUCCCCAUACGAGCUGCCCUGUAAGACCUGACCCGACCCACUUAAACCCACAGCUACAUUCAGCACCAAGUGUAACGUUUUCUCUCCCGGUGUUGGACUGAACUGCGACUCUGAACUGCCACAGCAUUAAUGUACAAAGGUACUUUUUUUGUUUUUAAACACUACAUUUACAGUGACACGCGGCAUAGAUCUCCUGCAUCCAUCUUUUCUGGCUUAACAGUUAAACCAAUAAUGAGAGAGAAAAAAUGGAUGAAACCAAGUACUGGCUUCAGGAUGUAGGAUUUUCUUUUAUUCUUCAUUUCAUUUCAAUGAUGGAAACCACUGCUUCGAACUAUAUCCCACUGCCUUCUUUGUCAUUUCAAUUCAGUGUACUCGAGAAAACUCAAAAAGACGAGAUAAUCAGUCCUCCGAUACGUUUGAACGUGACAAUGAAAGAUACGUUUUUCUGCAUUACCUCAGUUGUUUGGUUUACAACUCCAACAGAGAUGAUUAUUUUCUUCAGCGGACAUGAUCCCAGUUCGUUACGAAGGUUUGGCGCCUCGCUCUUGAUACUUUAUUUUGCUUCUUCCAAAAAGUCACAAAAAAAAAAACCCCCACAAAAAACAAAAAACGGACUCUGUACAUUUUUGUGUCCCAAACCGUCAAGACAUUCCAGCUGCGGCGAACGAGCGGAUCGGACGGACAUGGAUGCGACGGGACUCAAAGGAAAAGCGGGAGCAGCUACGAGGGAAACGAUUCAGUUCUGUUCCUUCUUUCUGUUUUUUUACACUGCAGUUCCAAUCCAGCAGCAUGUAGAGAUCACAGUAAUAUAAUGAAGUAGGAAAAACAACACAAAAAAAAAAUAGGAUUUCAUCAACUAGUUUAGUUUAAAAUUCAUCAUGUUGUGGUUUUACUUUUGGUGACUCUGAAGGCGUCAUGGAAACGACUGACUUACCACUUCCACACCCCCUCCAUGAAUCUCGCUAUUAUUUGCCUUUCCUUUUUUGAGGUUCCAAAGAUUUCUUUCUUCUUUUUUUUUUUUUAAAGACCGCACAUUUAAUUUUUUUUUUUUUGGUCCUGAUGUAUUUCUUCUCUGUUGUUUUUUCUGUUGUUGUUUUUUUAAAGGAUUUUGCUUUUGCAAUAUUUUACCCAGCGGUUCGCAGCUGUACCUCGGGAGGGGAGAAACGUCAUCGAGGCAAAAACGACAAAAGUGUUAAAAGGUUGCAGUGAACAUGAUUUGAAUUUGCUUCUCACCCUUAAUUUAUUGAGGUUUAUUUUUUGUUUGUUUGUUUUUUGGGGGGGGGGCCGGUGGGGGGGACACAAACACAGCGUUGGACGUUUAGACGAAGGAAAUCGGAGCAGGUAGAAAUGGGUCCAACGCCGUCCGCGUUUCGUGAACGAUGAAACGGCACGUGGACGGCGAAGGCGAGAAGCGGCGCCCGUCAAUCAUCAGCUGACAGAUUUACAGCGUGGGGAUACGGAACUUCGGGAGGGUCGUGUACGUCUGAACAUUCCGCAUUCCUUCGACGCCUAAACGUAUAAAGUACGCAAUGUUUCCACGUUGAGUACGAAUCAAAAUAUCACACGCAAAGUAUGUGGUAACUUUUUGACGCGUAUUCGACGCAUGUACAUCAUUUACUUUACACGUUGUUUCCACGUUGCUUACUUGUCAAAGUAACGCAACAUGUUGACGUGUAUUUGACCCUGCUGGCGUUCCGUAGGAUUGGUACCAGCGCGACGCGUGAUGUGCCGUGUUUUCUGUUUUUCUCGUAUGAUUGUGAAAACCGUGUGCAGUAGGUCCAACGAGUAUUUCUUGACGAGCAUUACCUCUCUUUUUUUCUUUUUUUUUUUGUCUUUCUGUUCCUUACAAGUAUUAUCAGAAGUGUUGCUAUGCAUGCUCUUGCGAGAGAGGAAAGAUGUCAGUCUUGUUUUUUUUUUUUUUUUUUUUUUUUUUAUUUGUGCAUGAAUUCAAAUCCUAGUGCUGGAGGAGGACGGGAGUGUUUACGGCGCAGGAAGCGGGGAGAGCUUUUGCGACGCGACUGACGAGGAAUGUUGGGGAAGGUGCGGGGUGAAGUGUUUAAGGCUCAGCGGGAGGCGACAGGAGCGCUCCGCGUUAAUCUGGUGGGGAGGAUCUCUCGCCUGUGCCUCCGUCGUCAUGGUGAACGUCCAGUCGUUUUGGAUGAAUAGUUCAAUUCGGCUCCAACUCAUCCGAGGUCGGAUUCCGGCACACAGAGGGAUCCCCCCCCCAGCCGACGGGUGCUUGUUUCGGGGGCAUGAGGUGUUUUGCUUGUUCUCAUAUCUGCUAAUGGGGGAAAAUUGUAUUUGGAAAGCGUUAAAAAAAUUUUUACCGAUUGAUGCGAAGGAAGCAAAAGUUCUCCUAUCCAGCCAGCCAGCUCAGUGGGAGUCCGUGUACAGCAGUUAAUAAACGGGUUUGAAUUGCAUGUGAAGGUUUCUUUUCUAUGUCACAUGCUCUUAAAAGCUCAUUUAUCCAAGUGAUUUUUUUUAAAUAAGUGAAAGUAAAUAAGUGUAUUUUCUCAUGAUGUUUUAUUUUUGCCAGCCUUGUGUCUGCCUUCUGUUUAUUCUCUUCAUUAUUAUUGAAUGUAUAUAAUAAAUAAACUGUUUGGUUUUUA